CCUAUAAAAGAGCGGAAUCGUCGUUUCGUCGCUUCAUUCGCUCUCCGAAGUUGACGCCGCGAACUAGUGUCGUCUCUCGUUUUGAGUUUUUCGUUUACCGAGAAAGCUUUUCAUUAGUAUCUCUCUCAGCUAUGGCUCGUACUAAGCAGACUGCUCGUAAAUCUACCGGCGGCAAGGCGCCGCGCAAGCAGCUCGCAACGAAGGCCGCUCGUAAGAGCGCGCCCGCCACCGGAGGAGUCAAGAAGCCGCAUCGUUACAGGCCCGGUACGGUCGCCCUUCGCGAGAUCCGUCGUUACCAAAAGAGCACGGAACUUCUGAUUCGCAAACUGCCAUUCCAACGUCUCGUCCGUGAGAUCGCUCAAGAUUUCAAGACUGAUCUGCGAUUCCAGAGUUCGGCGGUUAUGGCGCUGCAGGAAGCCAGCGAAGCCUACCUGGUCGGUCUAUUCGAAGACACUAACCUGUGCGCCAUUCACGCCAAACGCGUCACGAUCAUGCCCAAAGAUAUUCAACUGGCGCGCAGGAUCCGUGGAGAACGUGCGUAAAUUUCGACACGUUCUUCUUCUUCCUCGGACGGUUUUACCGUCUACAUCGAGAAAAAACAAAAAAAUAAAACAAAAAGGCCCUUUUCAGGGCCAAUCAUAUAUUUCUAUACGUAAUUAUGACUUUUGUUUGUUUCAAACGUUCAUACGUCAAUACCUGUCUCUUAACUAGUAUCAUUAUACAAAUACUAUAAGUAAACAAAAUAAAUGUAUGUAUUAUAUAUAAUA